AUGAGGAGUAGCUUACUAGAGGGCUCGGCAAAUAGUUCUGAUGCAUACGUGGCCAUCAUUGGGCCGACCCAAGUUGGUGGGCUUUUGAGCGCUGCAUUAUUUGGUUGUCUUGCCUGCCAGUCCUACUUGUAUUUUACAAGAUUCGCGAGCGAUAGCCUCGCCCUGAAAGCAACUGUAUCUGCAAUCAUUUUGAUUCAGCUGGGCCAAUUUGUCUGCAUAAUAUCAACAUUGCAGACAAUGACUGUCAGUGCCUAUAGUGAUCCAUCUCAACUCAGCAUCCUUCCUCUAGCGGCAGACCUGGUCAUUAUGUUGAGUGGCUUUACGGUAUUCAUCGCUCAUUCAUUUUACGCAUUUCGACUUUGGAAGUUGACUAGAAGCAUUUUCUUACCUAUUCUUUGCGGAAUGCUCUCCGUGGUCGCACAAAUCUCCAUGAUCAUUCUCUCAGUAAGGGCGAUUUCUAUGACGGACAUCAUGACGUUUAUAGACAGCCAAAUUGUGCUGAUUGCGCUGUCUUGGAUUGCACGUGCGGUCUGUGACUACAUCACCACCGUCGGCGUCACCUGGAGUCUAAGAAAGGGACGAGUCUCUGGUUUUAGAGACACGUCGACGAUGGUCGACCGCUUGAUUCAUUGGACACUUGAGAGUGCUCUGGUCAAUGGUUUGACGACCGUAACCGUGAUGAUCCUGUUCAUGGUCAUGCCACAAAACUUCGUAGGGAACUCCUUGUUAGCUUCGUUGAAUUGGCGGUUACUCCUUCGAGAGAAUCGGAAGUCUUCAAGAGGUGAUGCCCAGAGUCGCGGUGUUGGUUUGACGUUCAAGUUCAAGUGUUCCAAGAAGAAGAGCUCGAUCAAUCAGGAACAGAACCGGGUUUCGAAGCCUGCAGUAGUCCAUAUUCAACAGAUUAUGAAACGAGUGUACGACGAGAUGGUGUAUCAGUAG